GAGUUCAAAUGUUGGCGAUUGGAUGACUCAGACACAAGAUCGAAUGAACUAGUAAACAGAGUUGGAGCAACUUACAUUGAGGGUCACGUUUACCAAGCCAAAAACACUACUCAAGUUAUACAUAAAAUGAGGAUUGUAUGUUAACUUAUGGUGUAGAACUUCAGAAAUCUACAGAAAUACAUCAGUUGGACUGUGUUGCGUGUUCAGAAUUGGCAGUUGUUACAAUAUCGUAGGCCUCCGUUCUCGUCGCGGUUUUAGUUAACGAUUUAAUUUUUCUGUUCGUAUUUGGACAUACUGCCGUUUCUUCUUUUUCAAGACUUGUCUAUGCCAGCUUCAGUGAUUCCCAUGACUUCAUCGCCAGGCACGGGUCCUGCAAGAAGGCCGCCAUUUCGGCUCAGUCGCAGUUUAAGUGCAGAUCCAGAUAUCCCUGUGCAUGUUUUGACUGUUCGUCAUCAUCAUGCCGCAGCCUAUAAACAUAUUUCAGAAGCAUUAAAAAUUGACGAAGAAGGAGGUGAUCAAGAAGCAAAAUUGAAGGCCAUUGGAUUGUAUAACCUUGGUGUUAGAGAACUUGUAAAUGGAAUAGGGAUUCAGCUCAAUGGAGAAGGUUCAGAAUGGGACAGAGCGAGAAAUCUUCAGACAAAGAUGGAAUCUAAUUUACGCUAUUGUACAUCCCGAUUAGAGGAGCUCAAUGCAGUUGUAGAAUCAUAUCAAAACAGUGUAAAUCAAGCUAAUAUUACAAAAAAACUGAGCCCAAAUAGUCCAAGAAAAAGUUCCAUACGAAAAAGUAGUAUAGAUGUGAGUGAGAUUAUGCAAAGAAUUGAAAGGUCUCCUGAGAAACGCAAGCCAUCUUUACCAUCCCCACGAAUUCUUGGAGCAAAAGAUGCAAAGCCAGAUGAUUUGAGAAAGCAGUUGACAAGAGGACACAAAGCAACGUCUCCUAAAUUAGAUAAACUGAGGAGCAAUGCUGGAAAUCUAAGUCCAAGAGGACAUUCGACAACAAGUAAGGUGAAGAGAACUCAGACGCUACCAAACAGGCCUGUUGCAAAAGCAAGACAGGUCCCUGCCCAGAGAGGUAAACAAGCUCCAAAACCCCCAGAGGAUCAUAAAAGCAAAAUUUCGAAUUUAAAGAAUGUUGACAACAAAAUGGCAAACAUGAUUUUGAAUGAAGUUGUUGAAAAGGGUCCAGGAGUAUCAUUCAAUGACAUUGGUGGAAUUGACAAUGCAAAACGCAUCUUGAAAGAAAUUGUUAUUUUGCCAACCAUAAGGCCUGAGUUAUUUACUGGUUUGCGAGCUCCAGCAAAGGGAGUUUUGUUAUUUGGUCCUCCUGGAAAUGGGAAAACAUUGUUGGCCAAAGCAGUUGCAACUGAGGCCCAGUCUGUUUUCUUUAACAUCAGCGUAGCCUCGUUAACAUCCAAGUGGAUGGGAGAAAGCGAGAAGCUUGUAAGGGCCAUGUUUGCAGUUGCGAGAGAACUUCAGCCUGCUAUAGUCUUUAUGGACGAGGUUGACUCCAUUUUGAAAGAAAGAAGCGAAUCAGAACAUGAAUCGAGCCGCCGACUGAAAACUGAAUUUCUCGUCAGCUUUGAUGGUGUGAUGAGCGACACAGCUGAUCGUAUCUUGAUCAUGGCUGCAACUAACCGACCCUGGGAACUCGAUGAUGCAGCUCUUAGGCGAUUUGUAAAGAGAGUCUAUGUUCCGCUACCGGAUUUCAAUACUCGAAAGCAAAUUCUAGAGAAACUUCUUGUAAAGGAGGGCUCUCCGUUGCACAGUUACGAGCUGGACAGAGUAGCAAGGGAAACAGAGGGUUAUUCUGGCAGUGAUCUUGCUGCGUUGGCGCGGGAAUCAGCCCUUAUGCCACUUAGGGAAGUGGACUGUGAACUUCUCAAGUCUCUACCCGCGGACAAGGUACGAAAACUGAAAGUCGAAGACCUUCUCAAGUCAAUGGAUGCCAUAAGACCGAGCGUUUCAAAGGCUUCCAUUAAGCAGUUUGAAGAUUGGAACAAAUUGUAUGGCAGUUUAUGAAAAAACAGUUAGAAUAAUUGUAGUGCAUUUAAAUGCCCAUUCGAGAGGUUUCAAAACUAUAAAUUGCACUUAAAAGUGUCGUAACUGAUUGCGGUAAACAGUAAUGAUCCAAUUCUGUGGAAUUCGAUCUUGUCAUGUAUUAUUUUCGUCGAAAUGAUAGUUGUAGUUAGUUGAGACUAGAUUUAUUUCUAGAUGAAUUCUAUUAUAAAUAAUUGUUUAACUGUACAAAUUUCAGUUUGCGGCAUCUUUUUCGCUUUAUACACCGUAAAAUCCAAAAUUACUCAUUUCGUCUUUGAAGUUUUGAAGUUUGUUUGUGUAUUAGUCAGUCCCAGUUUUUAUAAAAGAUAGAAACGUUUUGAGGAAGUGAUCAGUGAUACCAAGGGUGUUUAAACGCAUUUGAGUUAGUCGUUGAGCCCCAACGACAUUACGUUUUUGAUGGAUUUGCACAAAAUGUUGGUCUAGAGUGACACCCUUAAAGUGACACCAUUCUUCGUACAAUGUCCGAUUAUACAUUCAUUUGCAUAUGGAACAUAAAUGCAUUUGUAAGAUGUAUCAUCGCGUUCAGGCUAGUUUCCAGUCUAAAACCUUCCCCUAAACCGGAUAGACUCCAUUCCCCUUUUUGGUGGACAUGUGAUCCCACUCAUAGGUCAAAUCCGUUGUGUUCUAUAAUCUACAAGUUAUAUUCCAUUAUACAAUGAAAUGCUGAAGGCAAACCGCAACAUAACGCUUAAAAUUUGAUCCACUGUAAGACGACUUUUGAAUUUAGAUCAGCUGUUGGAUGCCUGCAAAACGUUGUGUCUCUUUUUAAUCAGUCUGCCUCAGCGAGUUGUGUCACUACCAUUUUUGUAUAGUUUUGUAGGCGAUUUAAGUUGUGGCUUUUGUACCGAUUCUUAAAAUUUAGACGUACGUCAGUCUUGCUGUCAUUUGUUUUGUUGUUGCGAACUGUCGGGUUGUAGAAAUUUGAAAAAUAUAUAUUGUUAUUAAACCUAAAAAGUAUUUGAGUGUUUAUGCGAACAAAUGUUUUGUUGGAUUCAGUCCCA